GGCCGCGGAGCAGCGACCCUGGGCCGGGAUGGCGGCGGCGGCGGCGCGGGGAGUCUGGGGCGGGCGGCGCCGAGUGGCCCUCAGGCUGCCACGGAGAGCCGGUGCCCCCUGGAGCAGCGCAGUCGCCGCCUCCUUCUCCUCCUCCUCGGUGCCAACAACCAAACUCUUCAUUGAUGGGAAAUUUAUUGAGUCCAAAACUACUGAAUGGAUUGAUAUCCACAACCCGGCCACAAAUGAAGUGGUGGGCCGUGUACCAAAAGCCACAGCAAAUGAGAUGGAAGCAGCUGUGGCUUCUUGCAAAAAGGCUUUUUGGAACUGGUCAGAAACAUCUGUUUUGAGCCGUCAGCAAAUCUUUCUGCGUUAUCAACAACUGAUCAAAGACAAUCUGAAAGAAAUUUCCAAACUCAUCACCUUUGAGCAAGGGAAGACCCUGGCUGAUGCUGAGGGAGAUGUGUUCCGAGGGCUUCAGGUGGUUGAACAUGCUUGCAGUGUGACAUCCCUCAUACUUGGAGAGACCAUGCCCUCCAUCACUAAAGACAUGGACACUUACACCUACCGUCUGCCUCUGGGUGUGUGUGCUGGAAUCGCACCGUUCAAUUUCCCAGCCAUGAUUCCUCUUUGGAUGUUCCCCAUGGCUAUGGUUUGUGGGAACACCUUCUUGAUGAAACCAUCUGAGCGUGUACCAGGAGCACUCAUGUUCCUUGCCAAGCUCUUUCAGGAUGCUGGUGCCCCCGAUGGGACCCUGAAUAUUAUCCAUGGACAACAUGAAGCUGUGAAUUUCAUUUGUGACCAUCCGGAUAUCAGAGCAAUCAGCUUUGUGGGAUCUAAUCAGGCUGGCGAGUACAUCUAUGAGAGAGGAUCCCAGAAUGGCAAGAGAGUCCAGGCCAACAUGGGAGCCAAGAACCAUGGAGUGGUGAUGCCUGAUGCCAAUAAAGAGAACACCUUGAACCAGCUGGUUGGAGCUGCUUUUGGAGCAGCUGGCCAACGCUGCAUGGCCCUGUCUACAGCAAUUCUAGUGGGAGAAGCUCAGAAAUGGUUGCCAGAGCUUGUGGACAGAGCCAAAAAUCUACGUGUAAAUGCAGGAGACCAGCCUGGAGCAGACCUAGGGCCUCUAAUCAGUCCCCAAGCUAAGGAACGGGUUUGCCGUAUAAUUGAGAAAGGAGUAAAAGAAGGUGCCAGCCUUCUCCUGGAUGGACGUAAUGUCAGAGUGAAGGGUUAUGAAAAUGGCAAUUUUGUUGGGCCAACAAUCCUUGCCAAAGUCAAGCCAAACAUGACUUGUUACAAGGAGGAAAUCUUUGGGCCUGUCUUAGUGGUUAUGGAAGCAGACACUUUGGAUGAUGCCAUUGAGAUGGUGAACAAUAACCCUUAUGGAAAUGGAACUGCUAUCUUCACCACAAAUGGAGCCACAGCUCGGAAGUAUUCUCACUUAGUAGAUGUGGGGCAGGUGGGUGUCAAUGUUCCAAUCCCAGUACCUCUGCCCAUGUUCUCUUUCACUGGCUCUCGUGCCUCUUUCAGAGGGGACACCAAUUUCUACGGCAAACAGGGAGUGCAGUUCUAUACACAGCUGAAAACCAUCAUUUCCCAAUGGAAAGAGGAAGAUGCCACCAUUGCCAAGCCUGCUGUCGUUAUGCCAACUAUGGGAAACUAAAUCAGCCUUUGCAGAUGCUGUUCCUGUUGCCCUUCUCCUAUGCUGCAAUUUCCAGCUUUGUCCUGACUGUCAUCAUUUACUUGGGAAUCAAUAGAAAGCUCUUUUCUCAAGGAUCUAUUUCUGUGCAGAUUAGGCAGGUUCAUGUAACUUAUGGUCUGGGUUUUCUGUUGCUGUCAGUGGUUUUUUGGCUAGCUGAACUAAUUUUUUUUCCUACAACCCAUCACAGACUAAACAACCUUAUCUAACUGAAAGAGCAGCCAGCAAGAUUGGUCUUAAUUUGUGUUUCUUUCCAGACCCUGUGAACUUGAACAUUAUUCUGUUUUUCACUUCAGUAUCUUUACCCUUAGUGACUCACUCCUGGCUACAUCUUGUAGCAGUUUUACUUACCUCUUUAUCUUACAUGUUAAGAUUCUGAGUUCACCUUACUCAAAGAUGAGUAGUCAUUUUGAGUGACUGAACUGGGACACUUUGGGUGUCUCAUAGAAGUGACUUUACAUAUAUGAAGACAGCAAGUUGUCAGUCAUCUGUUGAGGAGUUUACAAAACACUUGGGAAACAGCUUUGUAAGGAUUUUUCAGGAAAGAGUAUUUGAUUGCAUGUCUGAGGAUGAAAGAAAUUUCUGUAUGGUACAGUGACCUUCACUGUACCUCUGACAGCUUGAAAACUUCUGUUCCUGUUGUGUCUGUGGCCUGUGUGCUCCAGCUUGCUGGCAAUUCCAUUAUACCUGAAAGUUGUUUGGUGCCUUUUUACUGUGCUAACAGAUAUAAGCCUACACAUCCUGUAACAUCAUGAAACUGUGGAAGCAGAAACAUAACCAUGUAUAUGUAUCUUUGUGUCACAGCAUCAUGUGGGUCAGGGUGGAACGGAGAGUAAGUAAACAGGUCAGUAGGAAAAACUACUUUUAAUUGCAAAGCAGCCAGGCCUGUUCUGAUGGUUUCCUUUCCUCACUGUAGCUGUAUUUCUUUUGUUUAUUGAUUGACUCCUUGUCACAUUUGCUCAAACACAGUCAUGUCCUUUUGGGACUGCAGGUUCUCCUUACAAGAGAAGAGUGAGGUUUGGUAUAAACACCCUGUUUUUAAGAAUCUGUGCAUUUGGAGCUGGAGAACCUAUAUUUUUAUUCCUGGUUCCUCAAAGAUGAUGCAGCCAUGAGGGAUCUGCAGGGAACUUAUUCAAGCACCCAUGGAAAAAAGUAUUAUUCUAAUGAUUGCAACUGUUACUUGUUCUAAUUAAACAAUCUGAACGUGAACAAUUUGUAUCCUUCCUUCGGGUAAAGAUGCUUUGUAACUGACGGUUCUAUAUCAGUGCAAUUGCUGUACAUUCUCUAAUGUUUGUAUCUUGUUUUUUUUCCUCUGCUAUACACUAGAGGGAAAUUCUCACCUUGCAAUUUGAUUACGAAUUAAAAAUAUGCUAAUAUAUUUCUA